GACCACAUCACCAGACAACUUUCAAAGUAUGGCCAACAUGAGAUCGUGGAUGAUGCUUGCGGCUCUCGUCGUCUGCCUGCUGGUGUGUUGGAGCGGCUGUGUUGAAGCCUACCCUCCCCAACCGGAGAGCCCGGGGAGCAACGCCUCACCGGAGGACUGGGCCAAAUACCACGCGGCUGUCAGGCAUUAUGUCAACCUCAUCACCAGGCAGAGGUAUGGAAAGAGGUCGACCCCCGAGCAGGCGGUGGCGUGGCUGCUGUUUGGGGCUGAUUCGAGCCAAGACACUGAACCACGCUCGGACUAUGGCGAUCAGUGGUGAAUGAGCCCAACGUCAACCCUUUACCGAAUUUCCCUCGACCCAUUCGAUUAACCAACAAUCAGAAAACAAUGAGGUUCACAACCUGCACUGGACUUUGUGAUGCUCCAAACCUAAUUAUUUAAUGUGCAUGCAAAUCUCUAUGUCUCUCUUUGUUUGUCUUCCUCUCUCAGUAUAUGUAUUUGUUC